GUCCUAACCUCUAUCAUUCCUCAAGCCUUACCUCAUCUCACAUAUUUGUGUGGCCUCAAUAUCUUGUCACAUUUCCACCUUAUACUUAAGCAAUGUAACAUUUUGACAUUCUUAUCAGAUUCUUUUUCUCUCUCUUAUUAAAUUUGUAGUGACCAACUGACUGUUGGCAAGAGGCCAUAGCAUUAUAGCAAUGGCCUUGAGAGCUUCAGCCACUGCAAGACCACCCAUUUCAUCACCACCCAGAACUUCUUUACCUGCUAAAACAACACAAAGGCCACAAGUUUUUAAGCCCAAAUCUGUCUCUGUCUCUACAACAAACACACUUUCUUUACUUGCUCUCUUCACUGCUCCACUUGAUGCUAAAGCUAUUAGUCUACCCAAAGAACAAAUUGUUUCAUCCAUCACUCAAGUUGAAGAUACAAUUGGUCAGGUUCAAGAAGUGGGUUCCAAUGUUUUUGAUGUUUUAGGCAAAGUUUUUGGAGCUGUGUCUCAAGCGGUGAAGCCGGGGGUUGAUGCAGCAUUGCCUAUUUUGCAGAAUGCUGGAGACCAGGCUGGGAAGAUUGCUUUUCCUGCAAUUUCAGAAGCUUCCAAGAACGCCCAAGAAGCAAUAAUGCAAAACUCUGGAUUUAAUAUGGAAACUGCUGUUAAGACAGUUGCUGAUGCAGCUCAACAGACCACAAAGGCAAUAGAAGUGGCCAAGCCUAUAGCAUCAUCAACUGCUGAAACCAUCAUUUCAACCGACCCCGUGGUACUUGCUGGAACUGGCGGAGCAUUAUUCCUUGCAUAUUUGCUACUUCCUCCUGUCUUAUCUGUUAUUUCUUUUAACUUUCGUGGAUACAAAGGUGGGCUCACUCCUGCUCAAACUCUUGAUCUCAUAUCUACAAAGAACUACAUUUUAAUUGACAUCAGAUCAGAGAAGGACAAGGACAAGGCUGGCAUUCCACGUCUCCCUUCAAGUGCCAAGAACAAAAUGAUCUCAGUCCCUUUGGAAGAAUUGCCCAGAGAACUUAGAGGCCUUGUGAGAGACUCGAAGAAGCUAGAAGCCGAAUUAGCAGCUAUCAAGGUUUCUUAUCUCAAGAAAAUUAGUAAAGGUUCCAACAUUGUGAUACUGGGCACCUACGCAGAUUCAGCCAAAAUAGUUGCUAAAGUACUAACAAGUCUCGGCUUCAAGAACUCCUGGAUAGUGGCUGAUGGUUUCUCCGGAAGCAAAGGAUGGUUGCAGAGUCGAUUAGGAACAGAUUCCUACAAUCUAUCUUUUGCACAGGUUCUAUCACCAUCUCGGAUCAUAUCUGCAAGGCGAUUAGGAACAACCAGUUCUACCAAGUUGCUCUCGGAUUAACAAACAUUAUGAAGGGCCCUUCAUAAUGUCAGAUAUUAAGGAUCCCGAAGUACAUUCUUUAUUUAGAUUAGAGUCUUGUUGUAUUCCCGUCCUGAAAUUCUUUACCAAAUGUUGGGAAUGAGAAAUACUAUCAUCAUUAGUGUUUCUAUA